AUGUCACAAAGCGAUCAUGGCCCAGCCCUAGAGAGAGUGUUAUGGGUAGCCGUGAGCAUUGCUGCGGUGAUCGUCAUUCUAAGAGUCAUUGCCAAAAUCAAGAUCAAACGGUUUGGCAUCGACGAUGGCCUCAUGAUCCUUGCUGAGAUUUUGGAAAUCGUAUCGACAGUAUUCUUGACCUUGUCGGUUAAGCAUGGGUUCGGCAAGAAUCUCAACACCGUACCAUCAGGCGACAAGCAAGCAGUCUUGAGAAAUAUCGCAGUCCAAGUACCCAUCAUCACUUUCAGCACCACUUUUGCCCGCUGCGCAUUCAUCCUUUACCUCAUCCCUCUUAUCGAAACAAACAAGUACUACCAGGCUGCGCUAUGGACCUUUCUGGCGAUACAACUCGCCGGGAACACCACAUCUGCCGUGCUACCGAUUAGCAUAUGUCGGAACGUGACCGCUCUAUGGGACGCAGCAGCCGCAGCCGCGACGACAUGUGGCGACUCGAGAGCAGUCAUCAGAUUCGCCUACUAUUCCAAUUCAUUCAAUUCAGCCACAGAUCUAUUUUUGGCCGUCUUCCCAACGAUCGUAUUCUGGAACUUGAAUCUGAAACUGCGCAUCAAGAUCAGUUUGAUUGUUCUUCUCAGCUUGGGUAUUGUUGCAAUGAUCGCAUCCAUCAUCAAAACAACAAAACUGGGCGCCGUUCCUAGUAUCACCAAUACCGGAGCCAGAGGGGGUAUCGAACUAGUUCGCUGGGGUUACAUCGAAAACGUUAUCAUUAUCAUCACCUCCUCGAUCCCUUGCAUCCGCCCCUUAGUCAUCUCCUCCGUGCGCAAGAUCUCCAGCGGCAAGAACUCCCGUUCUUACGAACUCAGCAUGCCCUUCACUGGGCGCAAAUAUGGUGCUCCAAACGAGACAAACCAGUCGCGCCGCGCGCGGGCUCGGAAUCGGAGUACGCACACUGGUACAUCUAUAGGAGGUGCGUCUGAUUCUCUUACUUCCUGUGCCCCUGGUAUUACAAAACAGGUAGAGAUUUCGGUUAUAUCAGAUGCUGGGCAGCCUCCGAAGAGGUAUAUAGGUGACUUCUGA